CAUUGGGCCGCACGUGACAGGGCUCAGCCUCAGCCGCCGCCACCGGCAUAGGGGCGCCGGCGAGAGUCGCCCCGCGCCUCAGAAUAGGUGCGUGGCCUGUACGCAUGGUGUACACAGGGAUAGAACAUCACGCCUCGGGCCUCCCUUGGUCGGGUCCUGCCCGGGGGGUGGAAGCGCCCCGCGGAGAGGAGACACCUGCCAGGACCUCCUGAUGAUGCCUGCCGAUAUCCCAGUGAAAUAGUGACUGGACAGGGCCUGUCCCCUCUGCCUUCGUUAUUUGCGUGCUGCCGUAAACAUACCCAGUGACAGUUUAUCAUUGUUUAGGGAAAGGUUACUAUUGGAAAAUGGUAGAAGCAGUUUUCCAUGCCCCGAGAAGGAAAAGAAGAGUGUUUGAGUCAUAUGAUUCUCCAUUCCCUAUUCCUGCCUCCCCAGAAGACAUCUGUGGAAAGUAUUUCAAGAUAUACCAGGCUGAAAUUAUUAACAACAAUGUAAUUGUGAGGAACCCCAAAGAUAUAGAACAGCUGUAUAGCAAGGGCUAUUUUGGAAAAGGUAUUCUUUCAAGAAGCAGACCAGAAUACAAUAUUUCAGACCCUUUAUUGGUUGCUAAGUGGCAAGAUGCCAAGAUAAACAUGCCCAUACUCUCAUCAAAAAAGUACGAAUGUCAUCUAGAAUGGGCUAAAAGCCUUAUGCAAGAACAAGGACUUGAUGACUGCUCCAUUAACAAAAUUCUUGAAAAUUAUAUUAAGCCAUUUGAUCUGCCUUUUAUGAAAGGGGAAGGAGAAGUUGCACAAAAUGAUGACUCUUACUGCAGAAUGGCUGCAGAAGUGGAAAACGUAGAAGAUGGAAUGAAACUUUCAAGAGAUUCUUCCAUAAAUAAUGGAGAUUCAGCAGCACCAAAUGUUAAAUGUCAUAACAUGAGUAUAGACUGCAAGAAAGCUUGUUUGGAAGGUGAUUCAGCUUACGAUGAUCCAUUAGUGAACUAUGGCUCUGAGGAACUGUAUCCAUUGGACACUAAAGCUAUAGUUAAAGUACAUUGCCAAAAACAUGAUAAUUUUAUUGUGCACUGUGGCUGCAAGGCCGAAGACUAUACCAACCAAGUAUUUCAUAACCAAGGGAAAGAAUAUGCUUAUGAGUAUGUAUUGGUGCAGGAAGAAGAAAGCAAAUUGUGUCAUGAAGAUGAAGCAGCAAAUGAUAAAUCAAAUUUAAUCAAAAAGGAAAAAUUAGUAUGUAGAAGAAAUCCAUUUAGGAUUUUUGAAUAUUUGCAACUCAGUCUGGAGGAGGCAUUUUUCUUGGUCUAUGCUCUAGGAUGUUUGAGUAUUUAUUAUAACGAGGAACCUUUAACUAUUUUGAAGCUAUGGGAAGUUUUUAGUGAAGUGCAACCUAACUUUAGAACUACAUACAUGGCGUAUCACUACUUCCGAAGUAAGGGAUGGGUCCCCAAAGUAGGACUGAAGUAUGGAACCGAUCUCUUGCUAUAUCGAAAAGGUCCCCCCUUUUACCAUGCAAGUUACUCAGUCAUUGCUGAACUGGUUAAUGACAACUUUGUAGGGUCACUGCGCAGACCGCUCAACUGGAUGUCUUUGUCUGGCUUGAACAGAACAACAAUGAAUGUUUCUAAGGAACUUAUGUUAUGCUAUUUGAUUAGACCGUGUGAUAUGACUGAGAAAGAAAUGUCAUCACCAGACUGUCUAAAAAGAAUUAAAGUUCAAGAACUGAUUGUAAAUCGUUGGGUCUCUUCCCGAGAGCGCAGUGAACAAGAUGAACUAUAAUAAGAUGGACUAAGAAAUCCAGUGUUAAAGAAGCAAAUAUUAUAAACAAAUUAGGUUCAGAAAAGUCUAAUCUUUACAUGGCAGAGCUGUGCCAUAUUCCUAUUUAAAAUAUUCUGAAUGCAUGUCUCAGUGCUGUUUAAAUUGUACAGAACAUGGAGUAUGCUGUGUACUAUCAGAGAAGGUUGUACUGAAAAAACAUAAUGCAUAACUGUGUUUGUCCAUGUGAAAAAAAUUAAAGUAGUUUCUUCCCAAUCCAA